AUUUAGUAGAGUUUUAAAGUUGUCGUGGAGUUGACGUGCGCGCGUAUUUACACUGCGCUUUAUUUGUUUUCCGUCAAAACAAUGUUUACAACGUUCGAAAUAUGAAUUUGAAAUAUAGAACUUAUUAAAUGUACAGUGAUGUAAGUUCGUAUUGGUGUAUAUAUUAAUAGGACUUGUAUUUUUUGAAAAAUGGGCCCAGAGGCAGUGUUUUGGACUCUUGUUUUGGGCCUCAUAUGCAUUGCGGAGGCGGGAAUGAUGGGUGAUCAAUGCGACUGGAACGGCAGCGGGCUGACGUCGAGCACGGAGCGGGCAGUCACGCCGGUGUACCUGCGGUGUAGAGAGGGUAGCGUGUCGUGGCUCUACCCGCGGGGAGCGCUGCGACUGCUAUUCAAGCCCCCUCUACCUGCCGACGAGCGAGACUUCCGUGUUUGCGUCAGGGUUAUACGAAGACCUGACCCUCCCGACUUCUUCCAGAAUAUACAGCUUAAUGAGUCAGGAGCCCCAGAGAGAUUCCCAGCGCGAAUUUUCGUAGAAGGCGUCCGAAGACUUGUGCCUUUAUACGCGCCUGAUGAUGGCGAUGUCCGGGAGCUGCGAUGCUUCCGCAGUAGACACGGACAGGCGGCGUUGUACGUGGAGGCGGAGCCCGAGGAAGGGACGAAGAGACGAGUGGCCUUCUUCAGAUACGAGGCCCGGCCGCUUGUCAGGAGACAUUAUGAUCCAGCCACUGCUGACUGUCGGCCAUGUUCUGAUUCUGAACUAGAGAUGGCGUUUUGUACUAGUGAUCUGGUGUCCCGUGGUAUGAUGGUGGGCAGCGAGCAGCGCGAAGACUUGGACACCACGCAGCUCACGUGGCGGCUCACCAAGCUCGUCCGCGCCACCGCCGCGCACGACGCCGGCGACCUCGCCGACGACGACGAGUACUACAGGUACGAAAUCGACAACAGCAUAGAGCAGACGAGCCGUCGGCCCCACAAACGCACGCGCGUCCGGAAAACGCGCGGUUUGCACGCGCACGUUCACGUACCGCGCGCGUGCGGCGCGGCGGCGGGCGCGGGUGAGUUCUUCCUCAUGGCGCGCCGCAGACUCGGCAAGUACUCCCUCGUGUGUGCGCCGAGACUGCACGACUGGAAGACGUUGGUCGAGAGGCGGAACGCUGAGGGAACUGCGCACUGCUUUUUGCAGCAUUGAUGGACUUUCAGGGUAGGCUCAUUGACAAUUUUUAGUUGGCCGAUAGUUGGGCGACUUUGUAAUUGUGCGUGAUUUAGUUGGACAAUGUGCGGGCUGUCAUACAUCGCUAUACCUGUUCUUUAAUCGGCCAAAGUAACGUCAUAAAGCAAAAGUGACGGUCUUAAUCACGGAAAAAUAAAGUCUUCUUUACUACUUACUACUUUUACUGUUACUUUAGCUUUACAUAAAGAAACUGGCGGUAAGUCGGCCAACUAAAAGUUGUAAGUGAGUGGGGGCUCUUACCCAUGUAUUCACAACAUGGGUUUGUUAAAUCAAGAGUAAAUAUCAUCGGUUUAUUUGUAAACCUUAGAUGACAAGGGAAACGCGACCAAUAAUGGCAAAGUCGUAACCAUCGCUCUCUCUUUCAUUGCGUUUGGUGGACAAUGUAUUUUUCUAUACGAGACAUAUCAGUGACGUUGAUUUGUUUCUUCAUUGUUUAACGAGAUUGUAGCUUAAUUAAAAAAAAUGGAGACAGAAAAGCUUUUCGCUUGCUGACCAUAAAACAGUUAUAAUCAUUUUAGAAUUUAAACUAUCGUGAGUGUUAUUCAUAUUAAUUGAUUAUGAAACACGGCUAAAACUCACGUGAUAUUACGUCGGAGUAUGCCCGACUAGUUUCGAACCCAUACGGGGCCCUUAGUCAUGAGCUGGUUCUUGCAUCGCGGCACGAUCCAAACUGAUAUAAUCAUAGAUGACAUGCAGUUGUGAUACUAAAAAAACUAUGUUACAAAUACCAUCGUCAUCAUCAUGGUCCAUGGUAUUUGUAGCAAAUAAAUGUAUGGGCGUAUUCUUUAUCGCAAUUAAAAAAUGUUCAAAAGAAAAAAGUCCAAGUCUAAGCAGUUUAAUAAAAUUAUUGCUUUUUGUGAAUUUUAGCGUAGUAAAAACGCUAGUCUAUGUAGUAAUAGAUACAUAGAUACCAUAUAAUAGAUAAAACACGGAAAAGGACACUUCUUAAUGUUUCAACAAAAUUCUACAUGUAAAUAAAAAAAAAACAAAUGCUUACAACUAUUUCUUUGAUUAAAAAGUACGAGUAUUAUUUUAUUUAAAAAAAUAUUAUUCUGAGAUAAAAAAUAUUUUAUUAAGAAUAUAAUUAUGUACAAUGUAAAUACUUUGGAUACUAUUAAUAAUGAUUAUUAUUUAUGCACAUGUGCAUUAAGUGAUUGUGAUUAUAAUUAUGUAGAUGCCAUUAUAAAUGUUUAAAUAAAGAAAUAAGCACAUUUAAGUCAAGUACCUACAUACAUUAAAAAAAUCAAGUCAUCAUUUACCUAUUACUUAUUUUUAAUUUAAAUCGAAUUAGUUCCAGUAUAAACUAAUUUAAUCCAAAAUAUAUAGGAAACUAAUAAAAAUCAAUUUAACACAUAAUCUUGACUUAUAUGUGCUUGCCUUAAUUGUAUAUAAAUCAUAGAAUAUUAAACGCUUGCAAAGACAUAUAGCCAUAUUAUAUGCUUCAUCAAGAUGCAAUAUUGUAUAGUUUAUUAUAAAGUUUAUAUGUUAGGUAGGUUUAUUGCAAUAUAUCGAUACUUAGUUUUUAAGUGAAAUGUGGUCCACAGUGCCAAAAUCUAUAAGAUCUUUAUAUUUAGCUUGUAUAUAAAUAUAACGCCAAGGUUGAUCUCAACUAUGUACAUAUUGAAAAUAAGAUACAAUUAAGAUUGAGCGUCUAAUUAUGUAGUUACAAAAGCACCUAUUAAUAUUAAUCCCACUUCUGAUUUUAAUAUUCUUUGACCUUAUUUUAUUUUUUUAUAAGCAAUUUAUCGAUCUUCUAUUUUUAAUAUAUUUCAUUACGUAUUAAAUGUAUAUAUUUACAAAUAUACAAUUAAAAGAUAUUAUGAGAAUUGGGAGACAAUUCAUUGUCAAAGAAAUUAAUUGUAAAAAUAUAUUUUUGUUAAGUAUAUAUUAAAAGUGCUUCCAACGAAGAACCUAUUGUUAAGCCAAUACAAAUAUAUAUGUAUUUGAUUCUCAAUUUACAAUUAUACAGUUAAGAGAUAAAAUGAGAAUUUUGAGACAAUUUCAUUGUCAAAGAAAUUAAUUGUAAAAAUAUAUUUUCGAUAACUAUGUAUUAAAAGUGCUUCCAACGAAGAAUCUAUUUUUAAACCAAUACAAAUAUAUAAAUAUUUUGUUCUCAAUAUAUUUGAUAAAAUAAAUUUCUAUUCUAAUAUAAUUUAUAUAAAUAGAUAAAAAAUAUAUUCUUGUAUUUUAUCUAAGUUAAAUAUUUUAUGAGAUUUAUAUUAAGUUUCAUGUACAAAGUUUUUUGUGAAAUAUAACUAUUUUUAAUAAUUUGUUAAAAUAAUGUAUGAGAGAGAUAUUGGAGACAAGUAAUGAACUGCACGAUGAGUUAAUACCUAUACUUAGGUAUAUUAAAGACCUAUGAGUAAUCUUUAGAAAUUUUUUGAUGACUUUAUUUAAUUAUAAACCGUAUUCUUAAAACAUUAAGUACAAGUUUAAUAGCCUCAAUAGCUUCAAUAUAUCAACGGUAAGAGCGAUCGGACUUAUCACCGAGGGGUGGUGGUUCGAUCUCCGCCCGGAGAUCGUAUUGUCGUACCUACUCCUAACAGUCUAUCCCGUCUAACUGGAGGCGAAUGGGAAUAUUGGUCAUAUUUAAAAAGAUAUGGCAAAUAUUCUCUAAAAAAAAAAGAAACUGAAAUCAUGUUUUAGGGGUCCAUAAUUGCGGUAUUACACUGUAAAUAAUAUUGAAUGAUAUGAAGUAGCCAAUGUUCAGGUCUCACAAAAAAAUUACUAAAAUCAUUAUUAGACGUCAUUUUCUGUUUUCAGCAAUAUGGAAUAGUUAUAAAAAAUACCGUGUCUCGGUGUUUGUGUGUGUUAAAAUUUUUGACGAAAAAAUAAUUUUAUUUUAUUAUGAUUUAGCGUUAAAAAUACAUAAACCUACAAUCCUAAAUUUUGACCCGUCUAACAUAACCACGCUAUUUUUUUUAUAACUUUAUAAAUAUACUUACAUAUAUUGUAUACAAGUAUACAAAUAAUUAACAAUUUGAGCACUUCAUUCUUGUCUCGUAGUUAUAUGAUAGUUGUCAUGUGAUAUAGAUAUACAACGAACGUUAUGUGCCUGUGCAAAAUGUAUAUACGAGUAUUAUGUGUAUGAUAAAACAUUGUUUCAUGUCAACUGUUGAAAUGAAUAAAAUAAUUUAAAAAUAUAAAAAAAA